UCCAAUCCAGUCUAGUGGUCGUAGUUAGUCUAGUGCAAGUGCAAAGUGCAAACAAAGAAAAAAGAAAGAGGCAGCCAGCAACAAUGUGCUUCGAGUUCAGCUCCUGUUUCGGCGGCGGCAGAAAGGACGACUACGGCGGCGAGCGGUCCAACCACAGCGGCUGCGGCGGCCUUCACCGCGCGCGUAGGGGGUACCGCAAGAACGGGAACGGCUACAACGCGGCCGCUGACGACCACAAGCCGGCGACGGCCUACGACCACCAGCGGGCUCUUGACGAGGAGGGGCGCAAGGCACACCACGACGGCGCGCGGAAACCUGACCACACCGCGGUGGUUUCCGGGGUUGGUGGCCACGGCUAUUACCCCUCAUACGCGCCAGACAAGGCCCAGGAGAAGCCAAAGCUUGCUGCGUCGCAAAACAAGGCCAGCGACGACGCCAGCUACGCCGACAACACCGCGCGUCUCCACCAAUCUGCCGCUGAUCAUAGGGAGCACGCCGCCAUGGAUUACCACAACCACUACCCAUCCACUACUACCACUCUCGUCAGAUGAAACUGAGAAGGCACCUGGAAUAGAGGCGUGUGGAUUAUGAUCAGAGCCUCCAUGUAUUUGGCCAUGGAUGUGCGGUACAAGUUCCAGAUCCAGAAAACUUUUACCAGUCUCUUUCUGUAGUUGCUAGCCUGUAAUUUUGCUGUGGCUUCUUUCUUCUUGUAUCAUAUAAUCUAUUGGAAGGAGGAAUUGCUGAGAUCUCAGAUGAUUCCCCAUUUCUACCA